AAAACCCCACUUACACACAUCUCCAAUGGCCUCUGUUAUCAUCUUUAUAGCGAGAAAGAGAAGAGUCAGCUGCAAAAAUGGGAGUUUUCACCUUCGUUUGCAAAGGGUCAGGGGAUGAAUGGAGUGCUAAGCAAUACAAGGGUGAUCUAGAAGCAUCUGCUUCUUGUACCUAUGAUCUUCAACGCAAGCUUGUUCAAGCUGCUCUUGCUUCUGACUCUUCUGGUGGUGUUCAAUCAUCUUUCUCCUUUAUUACACCUUCUUCUGCUGUUUUCCAGGUGAUCAUUGGUGGUGGUGGCGGUGGUGGUUUUAGUGGUGGAGCAGCAGCAGCAGCUCCUUCUGGUGGUGCAGCAGCGGCAGAAGCAGCUCCAGUUGAGGAGAAGAAGGAAGAGAAAGAAGAGAGUGACGACGAUAUGGGAUUCUCACUCUUUGACUAGAUUGGCAUUUCUAUAUAGUAGUAUAAUUUUGUGUUGCUGCAUCUUUUGUUAGCUUCAUUUUGUUGGUUCUAAAGUUUUGAUAAACAUUGGAUUAUCAGUUGCGGUUUAAGUGUCUAA